AUGUGCUCCUCGCGGGCGAAUCGGACGCCGCUCUUCAUUCAGGAAGUGAUUUCAUUACCUUUUGAAAAGUUUCCAGCCGUCAUGGAAAAGCGGAAUAGGCAACUGACUCCAGCUGAAGAUGCUCUGGAGCAUAUUGUUGCUUGCAGAGACAAACCAUUCCUGGAGCAGCAUUUCAUCGACAGCUACAUAGGAACCCAUCUGUGCAUCAAGUGUCUCAGAAGCAGAUUGCAGUCCUUCCUCAUCAAACCCGAGGACCAGGAGGGUAUGUAUGCUGGAAGAUAA